AUGGCACCGACCACGGCUACGACGCCAACAACCGCAACGACGUUGACGAUUCGAGAUAUAACUUCUUCCAGCAGUUUAUCUUUGUUGACGCUAUCUAGCAGUAGUGUGUCCUUGAUCGCCAGCAGUUCGAGUUUACAUUCUGUGACCAGCAGCAGUUCUCUGUUCUCAUCAAUCGCCACCAGCUCCAAUUCGUCUUCUGCAGUCAACCCCAUCCAAACCACGUCGACUGCAAAUACUUUGAUUGUAUCUUCGGGAACCGUAUAUCUCACUCCAACGCCCGGUACAGUCACGAGUACGGUAACCUCAUCAACAGGGUCGGUCCCCGUUCUGAGUUCGUCUUCGCAAACCACUCCAAGCGACUUGCCAGCUGCCACGUCUAGCUCUUCCAGCUCCUUGAGCGGAUCGUACUCAUCCUCAGUCGGUGUUGCAUAUGUCGGAGUCACAUUGACCCCUUCAUUUUUCUCGACAACAGUAACCACUACCACGACUACAACCCCUAGUUCUGAUCUCGGUGCUGCACCGAGUAGUAGUCUGACAUCAACCAGCGCAUCCUUCUCAUCCAUUGUCGGUUCCGCAUAUGUUGGAGUAACUCUUACACCUUCAUUGCAAUCAUCCGGCACAAGUUCGUCAGCAAGUCAAGCGGCGCCGUCUUCAUCUUCUGUACCUUCUGGUUCCAUUUCUAGGUCUUCGGCAGUCUUCACAUGUCCUGAUGAUGAUGGAACAUAUUACACUGAUCAGAACGGCAAUGGUUACCAGAUUCAAUGCAACACUGAUGGAGGAUCUCAAAAGCGUGCCCUCCACGAAUACGGCUUGCAUGGGCUUGCAAUGAACCGUGAACCGGUUUCGCGCGUGCCUGUCACGUCAAAUACACAGGCUGACUUUGCUUCUUGUGUCAACUCAUGCAGGACUGUAUCCGGUUGUAUCGGAACCACAUACGUGAUUUCCUCAGGCCUCUGCACAUACUUUUCGACAUUCACGAACGUUGCUUCAAAUACCGGCACAAAUGUGGCUUUCCCGGUGAACAUCACUUGUCCUACACUGAACGGCUUCAGCUAUCUUGAUUCUUCUGGUUCAGAGUAUGGUAUCUUGUGCAACCAAUCAUACCCAGCAAGCAGCAACAUCACCUCUCAGACUGGAUACACCAAUCCCACAGCUUGCAGCAACGCUUGCUCUUUCAGUGCCAGCUGUCUUGCAUCGUCUUUUGUCAAUGGCCAAUGCACCUUCAUCAGCAACCUCAACACGAACAGCAAUCCUGGACAAAAUCUCCCUGGAGCGAUCAUGCUUGUCCUUUUGCAGUCGCGUGUGGUCGAUGUGAUCUCAACAACUGGCGUCGUAUCACGCAGCACAUCAUUCUCGGUUGUACAGGGUCUUCCAAGUGCUGUUGCCGUGGUCCAGAAAGGACAGAAUCCAUACGAUGCGGUUGCAAGUGCGUACAUAGGUUGCGGGAACGCUUUCUGGCAACCAAGAUGUGCGACAGCAGCUGUCACCACCCCGUCAGCGGUGUUAAAGUUUUCGACUAUAUACACAACGGCAACUCCGAGCUCGAAUCCUGUUGCGUCAGUUCCUACUGCGAGUGGAGGUCUCACAAAGAUCGCUCCAGCAACGACUGCCAGACCCAGCAGUGGCUCUAGCAGCACUAGGACCUCGACUGCUAGUUGCUCGUCAAGACUGCUUGGUUUGAUACCCGUUUGCUAG